AUGGCCAAGAAAAUAACCAAGCAGACAGGAAUCAGCACUCAGCUGCCCUUGGCAAUGCGCACUGGAAAGUUUGCCGCAGGCUUUAAAAGAACUCUUCUAAAUAUCAUAAAGAACAAAGCACAGUGUGUUAUUGUGGCGGCAAACAUACCAGAAGAUAUGAGAAGACUCCUAGAGUACUACUGUGUCUUGUCCAACAAUACGCCAAUGAAGUUCUAUGAAGGAAGCAACAAUGAGCUUUCUGUCCUUGCUGGAUUAAAAUUCAGAACGUCUGUUAUUUCAAUUCUAGAUCAAGGAGAGGCAGACUUAAUUGGACAAGCUGAAUAA